GCUGGCACGGGCAGGGCGGAGGAGCGGGACCUUCUCGCGUUCAGGCUGCUCGUGAAGGCCUUCGACAAGUACCGCAGGCGUUUCGCGGUGCUCCGUACGAGCGCCCGCCCGCAGUGGCAGAGCGUAAGGCGCCACCGGGAGUGGGUGAGCUCGUACAUGGGCCUCAUGCCCAAAGACGCUGUUCCAGUGAAGCUUCCGUACUUCGGGUGGAUUACGAAGCUGGACUGUUACACCAAGCCGGGGAAGCCCGAGGUUUUGAGGGGCAGGGAAUGCGUGUCCGUGCAGUUGUGCGUCUGCGCUGCUCCGGUUGCUCCAGGCACGACGGGCAAGAGCACCAGCAUUCCUGCGCAGACGCACGUCGCGCACGUGGCGUGGCAGGCGGAGCAGUGCAACAGCGCCUACAACGCCAGCGAGGCGACGCGGCCCUUUGCCGACCACCCGGCGCAGAAGGCGACCGUGGCGCGGCUGUCCGGCGUGGUAGACGAGGCGCUCUGGAAGCGGCUAGACGUCGCGAUGAAGGCAGCGGAAAAGGGCCCCAAGUCCAAGAACGUCGUCUUCGUGAGCUUCUUCCAGAGCUCGCGCACGGUGAUCGGAUGUCGAGACAACCUGUUCAUUGCUUCAAAGAGACUGAUCGGUGCUUGCGGCGUUCCGCCAUCCUUACGGGGGGGGUCCACCGUGCGCGCGUGCCGCGUGCGCGCGCCUGCGUGUCCUCAGGUGAAAGACCGCAAAGACGACGACGGGACUCGGCUCGCAGACCUGUACCUGCCCUGCCACAAAGACCUCGCGCUGGAGAGCUGA